CUUGUGGUAAACACCUCUCCUUAAUAACGAUUCGUCUAGGGAAAAUGCGGAGGCUCUUCGAGUUCUCGAUCAGUCUCUCGUUGUCGACCAAUCGACUCGUCAGGAACCUGGGAGGAAAGCAUUCGAACAAGGAGGUGGUGCAUCCUUGUCCAUACCUCACCAGACAACUAAUAAUACCUUUUGAAGAGGCCUCGGUGGGUCUAGCAUGAGCCUGGGGACCAGGGUGGACUCGGGGGUCCACGAAGAGCGGCGCCUCCCCGCGGAAGAGGCGGCUUCGAGAUAACAAGGUAGAAUGUCGACCCCGAAGAUGGCGGGGACCGAUAAGGGCACCCUGACCCAAUGGCCUCAGUGGGUGGCCGGGACCAUCGCGACCCUGGCCCUGGUGGACACCGGCUUCAUGAACGGCUGGGCCUCGCCCUAUCUGGCCCAGCUGACCUCGCCGGACUCGGAGGGCCCCAUCCGGAUGAACGAGUCCCAGGCCUCCUGGGUCGCCUCCCUCAUGAACCUCGGCCGCGUCUUCGGGGCCUUCGUCGGGGUGGCUUGCCAAGAACUCAUCGGCCGGAAGAAAACCCUCCAAAUCAGCGGCUUCCCCUUAGCCUUCAGCUGGGUCUUCGUCAUCGUGGCCAACUCGGUGCAUUGGCUCUACGCGGCGAGAUUCUGCAGCGGAAUCGCCGCAGGGAUGAUCUGGUCAUCCCUGGCCCUCUUCCUGGGGGAAAUAGCAGACCCAGGUAUUCGCGGAGCCCUGAUAUCCUUGAACGUGAACGUCAACUCCAUCGGCUCGGUCCUGGGGAACGUCCUGGGUCCGUUCCUAAGCAUGGAGCUCUUCGCCUACGUGGGGUUGCUGCCCAACCUGCUCUUCGUGGUGCUCUUCCUGUUGAUCCCGGACUCGCCCCACGACCACGUGAGGAACGACGAGCUCGAGAAGGCCGAAAAGGCCCUGCAGUGGUACCGUAGAGAAGCCGACGUUAAAAAAGAGGUCCAGGAGCUCCAGGACUUCAUCAGAGGUCCAAAGAUGAGUCUCCUUGAGAGGAUCAAGGAGUUCCGCCACCCUGGGAUCCUCAAGGCCGCCUUCGUAAUGUUCUUCCUUAACUUCUUCUUCUACUUGAGCGGCCGGAACACGUUGAUCCUCUACGCAGAGAUCAUCGUGACCAAAAGCGAGGUGUCCUUGACACCCAGCACCGUCGUGAUAGGCCUGGGGAUUUCGACCAUCCUGGCCGGAACCACCGCCACGCUCCUCGUCGACAGGUUCGGCAGAAGGUCGCUGCUUAUCACCUCCAGCCUUGGGACCUCCUUGGCACUGAUAAUGCUGGGGGUGCAUUUCCACUUCCUCUCUUCAGGGAGCUUCCAAGGACGGGACCUCUCAUGGUUCCCCAUAACUGCACUGGUGGCCUUCAACGUCUUCUCCUGUUAUGGACUGGUCCCAGUUCCCAGUGCCCUCUCCGGGGAGCUCUUCCCCCCGAAUGUCAAGACUUUGGCAGCCUUUGGCACCAGCUCCACCUCCGCUGUCAUGGCUUUCUUGUCAACGAAGACUUAUCAACCCUUUGUGGACCUUGUGGGAGAGAGAUACGUCUUCUGGACCUACGGCCUGGGUGUCUUCAUGACCGUCCCGUUCACCUACUUCUUCGUCCCCGAGACCAAGGGGAAGACCCUCCAGGAAAUCCAAGAAUCCCUGGGGAACCCGAAAGCCGUCUGGAAGAACACCUAACAGCUACUAAGACCUUAAAAUGAGGAUUUCUUUUUUGUUCAGUGUCACAAUGACCACCGAAAAAUCUCGAGCAAACCGACAUCCUCAAGACCGAGAUCGCCCCUACGCAUUGCUAAACGAUUUUCGGAUAUAAAUAAACUACCUAUGAGAAUAAAUUUCUCAAUGGAAUAAAUGUGUAGGAUGAGUCUUGCACGAAUCGCGGCCUGACUCCACCGGCCCUUUCCUUUAUUGAAACAAGGGCUUGCCAACUGAAUAUCAGUUUCCCUCCCUCUCAGUAUGUACAGUUUACACGAUAUAAAUUGUUAGCAUAAUAAAUACGUACGUAAGAA